AUGGCUGCAAAGAAGGUUAUAGCAAUAUGCCAAUCAGGUGGAGAAUUUGUGACGAAUAAGGAUGGAAGUUUAUCGUACACUGGGGGUGAGGCCUAUGCGGUUGACAUUGAUCAACAAACACUGCUUGGUGAUUUCAAGUCCGAAAUAGCUGAUAUGUUUAAUUGUAGUGCUGAAACAAUGUCCAUCAAGUAUUUCCUUCCGGGCAAUAAGAAGACUCUCAUUACAAUCUCUAAAGAUAAGGACUUGCAACGCAUGGUCAAUUUCCUUGGGGAUACAGCUACAGUCGAUGUUUUUGUCAUGUCAGAGGAAGCCACUGCUCGAAAUGUGUCGAACAUGCCUGCUAGUAGGUCGAGCAGGACAACUGUGUCAGAAGCAGUGGUUCCUAUUGUUGAGCCUAUUGAUGUGCGAGUUGAUACUUGCAAUGCCAUUGACCAAAUUGAUAUGGAACUCCAUGAAACCCCUUUGGUUUCUGUUCUUGGUUCUUCUAGUGAUGAUAAGCAUCAUAAAGCUGCACAACAGUGGGAAAAUACCAUCACUGGUGUGGACCAAAGGUUUAAUAGUUUUGGUGAAUUCCGAGAAGCAUUGCAUAAGUUUUCAAUUGCACAUGGCUUCGCGUAUAGGUACAAGAAAAAUGACAGUCAUCGUGUUACUGUCAAAUGCAAAUCUCAAGGUUGCCCAUGGAGGAUAUAUGCAUCAAGGUUGUCUACUACCCAGUUGAUUUGUAUCAAAAAAAUGAACACAGAUCAUACAUGUGAAGGAGCUGCUGUGAAAGCUGGGUAUCGGGCAACUAGAGGUUGGGUGGGAAGUAUCAUAAAGGAGAAGUUGAAAGUUUCCCCUAACUACAAGCCAAAGGAUAUAGCAGACGACAUUAAGCGAGAAUAUGGGAUUCAAUUGAAUUAUUCUCAGGCAUGGCGUGCCAAGGAGAUUGCCAGGGAGCAGCUUCAAGGCUCCUAUAAAGAGGCCUAUAAUCAGUUGCCGUAUUUCUGCGAGAGGAUAAAGGAAACUAAUCCAGGGAGUGUUGCUACAUUUACCACUAAGGAGGACUCAAGCUUCCAUCGCUUCUUUGUAUCUUUCCAUGCAUCAAUUGUGGGUUUCCGAGAAGGUUGCCGCCCUCUCAUUUUUCUUGAUAGCACUCCUCUGAACUCAAAAUAUCAAGGAGUUUUGUUGGCCGCAAUAGCGGCAGACGGUGAUGAUGGUAUCUUUCCAUUAGCAUUUGCUGUUGUGGAUGCGGAGACUGAUGAUAACUGGCAUUGGUUCUUAUUAGAACUGAAAUCUGCAGUGUCAAUAUCUCAGCAGAUUACAUUUGUUGCAGAUGUUCAGAAUGGUUUGAAAAAGUCAUUGACUGAGGUAUUUGAUAAAUGCUACCACUGCUAUUGUUUGAGGCAUCUUGCUGAAAAACUCAACAAGGACUUGAAGGGGCAAUUUUCUCAUGAAGCAAGACGAUUUAUGAUCAAUGAUUUUUAUGCUGCUGCUUAUGCACCCAAACUGGAGGCUUUCCAGCGUAGUGCUGAUAACAUAAAAGGUAUUUCACCUGAAGCUUAUAAUUGGGUCAUACAAAGUGGGCCAGAGCACUGGGCUAAUGCAUUCUCUGGAGGAGCCAGGUACAACCAUAUGACAUCAAACUUUGGACAGCAGUUCUACAGCUGGGUAUCAGAGGCACAUGAGUUGCCAAUUACACAGAUGAUUGAUGUAUUGCGAGGUAAGACGAUGGAAGCCUUCUAUUCACGCAGGGUGGAGUCCAACCAGUGGGUAACAAGAUUAACUCCAUCUAAAGAGGAAAAGCUUCAAAAAGAAACGACAAUUGCUCGAUCACUUCAGGUGUUGCUCUCACAAGGUAGCACAUUCGAGGUUCGUGGAGAAUCUGUUGAUAUUGUUGAUAUCGACCAUUGGGAUUGUAGCUGUAAGGGAUGGCAACUUACUGGUCUGCCUUGCUGCCAUGCUAUUGCUGUCUUUGAAUGCAUUGGUAGGAACCCAUAUGAUUACUGCUCCAGAUACUUCACAGUCGAGAGUUACCGUUCAACUUAUGCAGAAUCAAUUCAUCCUGUUCCUAAUGUAGACAGGCCACUCCCGGGUGAAUCAAGCCUGGCAUCAGUUACUGUUACCCCUCCACCAACCAGACGGCCGCCAGGCCGGCCAAAGAUGAAGCAGGCUGAAUCAUUAGACAUAAUAAAACGUCAGCUCCAGUGUAGCAAGUGCAAGGGGCUUGGCCACAAUAAGAAGACGUGUAAAGAUUCCUAG